AUGUACGCGUCCCGACGCACCGCCAUGAAAGUAUCCUAUGCGUUCGACGACAAGAAUAAAUCAAACUGUCUCGCGAGAUGGCCGCACCUGAUUACCACUAGGGUGGUUGAGCUGGAUAAGGACACGGUGGUGGGAGCUGUGGAGUUCAAGACUUGCAUAUUGAGCAUGAUUUCUGCGAGCCCUGAACUUGUAGCAACUCUUGGGCAGGAUUAUUCGGUCUACGCGUACGAUUAUUCCGAGGUUGGGGUUCCGUUGGUUGGUUGUGGCAUGCUUUCGUGGGCGAUGGCGACUGUCAACUCGAAUAAUCCCUCGACAAAUGCUUCCAUGAUCACGGGACGUGUUGUGUCAAACAGCUUUGGGUUCUUCAGCAAUGACGGAGUCAAGGAGACCUUGAAUGUUAAAUUAAAGCUUACACCUGUCAACACUUUUACGCAAGCGCAAUUUGUCGAAUCGGUGCAUGCGUACAACGCCCUUUCGAAGGUAAUACCUGGUGGGUUUGAUGCAUCUGCUUGGACGAAUUACCUUAACGCAAACCCACAUAUAUUAGCCCCCCCCGGAGGUUUAACAUCAGCUACAUCUAAGGUUUCUCAUAAAGGCGCUACUCUUCAACCACCGCCAUCGGGUAUGGGAGAUUGCAAUCCUACUUCCGGGGAGGAAAAUGGUGAACCUCCACAGAAGAAGGCUAAAACAGGGCCGGCUAAAGCGAGGAAACCUAGUAAUGGUAAUCGGAAGAAGAAGGUGGCUGCCACUGCGGCACCUGGAGCUUCUCUCGAGUCGAUUCCAGAGAUGCUUCCGUUGCCUCCAACCCCUCAGGUGAAGGAAGAUCUAUCACCUCCACCCCCUCCUUCACAGCCCUCUCCUACACCGACGCCACCUGAGCUUAUUCAAACAAUGCCAAACAACAACCCGGUGACGCCUAUGCCGACGACCGCAUUUUCCCCGGUGUAUGCAAACUCACCUUCCCGAACUAUUGACUCGAGGACAAUGAGGUCGUCACCACCCACUCAGCUCGAGCCAUCUCGAAAUGAGAUAUCACCGACUCCUACGAGUCCCGUUCUGCCAUCUCUUUGUCCAGAUGUACCCUCACCGGAUGGUCUGGAGCGGCGAUUGAAUGCUCUCUUCGAAGAGGAGGAAGAGGAGCUUAAGUCUCCGCCUGUAAGUCCCGAACAACCGAUAACAGUGGAGACAACGCCGGAGGAGGGGAAUCCGGUGGAUAAUCAGUCAAUGAAUUCAUCCAUGCUGGAGCUACCGAAGAUCUCUAUACCCACUUCUUUGCCCGACAAUGUCAAUAUGAGUGCAGCUCCUUCACCCGAUUCGACACGAGUAAUUGCAAAGCCCAAGUCACAAAAGAGAAAAUAUCCUCGAAAACCCAAACGGUUGAUGUCUGAUGCAGCAGCAUCCAGUGAAUUGGGAGAAGAGAGGGAAUCUGUCAAGAGAUCCAGGAGUGAACGACCACAGCCUAAGCCUCGUACAGCUGCUCAUGUCAAGGAGAGGAUUGAAAUGCAAUUGGUUCAGGCAGUGACUCAAGGGAAAAUGCCAAACUUCUGCAUGAAUUGUGGGGCGAUUGAAACGCCCACGUGGCGAAAGGUUAUGAUUGCUAGGGAUGAUAAUGACGAGGAUAUUAAAGAUAAGGGCAUAAAAACUGAGAAGGGUGAAAAAGAGAUAUUACUUUGCAACCCUUGUGGACUUUGGCAUGCUUCACAUAAGACUAUGCGUCCGCAAGACUACUGGGAUGGAAAGAAGGAGGAACCCUCGGCCCCAGUUAAGAAACCUCGAGUGAGAAAACGCAAGCAGCCGGCGACAGCUAAGCAGAUGCCCAAGGAAGCUCAACAACCGACUUCAACGCAACUGCCGGGACCUCUCACUGGACCAAUUGUGGUGCUAGAUGAGGAGGAAACGCCUCGACAUGCGCCGGCAACGGUUCGGAAGGUUCUUGCAAUGACUCCUCGAGGGACGAGAUCUACAAAGGGGAGUAAUCCGGAAUGGGAAGCUGCUUAUGAAGCUGCGAAGCGUGUUGUCCAGUCCAGUCCUAUCAAGCCCGGGACUGUAGAUAGUCCUAUUGAUUUGGAUGGCCCUGAGUCGAAGUCAAAAUCACCAAGAAGGCUACUAUUCACGAAGCCUAAAGUCAAUGGCGCUACAAAUCUGCGGCCGCAGGGUUCCGGUGAUGGCGACCUAACAAGUAAAUCUUUCCAAGGGGUGAUUGCAGCAGGAGACGUCGAGAAGGAGAAUUGUGCUCCAGAAAGCUUGGAGCCAAGGGCCCCUUCAGAUAUCGCUGCGCUCGAUAAGCCAACAACCCCUCAGAAACGAAAAGUAGUCCCUCUAUACCCCCGAACACCCAUCCGAACCGGCAGCAGAACAAGCCUUGGCUCACCCAGCCCCUGGAACGCCGCCAUAUUCUCCUCCGCCAAAAAGGUAGCAAGCGGACUCUCACCCGGACACCGCCACCUCUCCUCCCCACAGCGUCGAAACCUCUCCCCGACAUCCGCCUUCCUGGAGAAGCUUUUGGAGGGCGCAGAUAUCGACACGGCUUCGAGGAACCUUGAGGAAAUGUCUACAGAUAUCCUCGGCACCUCACCUCACCACCACCUCCCAGGAUCAGCCUUCAAUUUCGGCGACGAUAUAUUCGGCACGGACAUGACCAUGCCUAGCUCCCCACCGCUGUUUAACCUGGAUGGCGUGGUGGACAAUGACACCGUAAACAAUGCCCUUUGGAGUGAGUUCUUGCCGUCAACGCCAGACAUGGGUAAUAUGACCUGCGGACUUGACAUCUUUGAGGAUAUUCACGGGGUUGAGGGGCGAGGGGGGGGGCAGGGGGGGGGUGCUGGUGCUGGUGAUGAUGAUGAUGGGGAUGGGGAUGGGCGACGGAGGAGUGAGAGCAGUAGUGUUGUACCGACACCUACGACGAGUGGCGGCAGGGUGGACUUUUCGUCGUUUAUUGACGACGUAUCAAAGGCUGUGGCUGCGGGUAUUGGGGGGUAG